CUAAAGCCUAGCAGAUGGAAUAAAGGCUCAUCUGAACACGAAAGACUCAAGAAGCUUCGCUGCAACCUGCCGCAAAAAAAUCACUCCUUUUUCUUGAGAGGAAUCAAUCCGUGUGCCCUCAUCGAUUUGUGACCUAGCUUGCCUUGAGAGGUAGCUGACAGGUGACAGCAGCAUCGCAUGCUACAAGAAGAAGAAGUUCAGGUUCUUGGCCACCGUCGUCGUCGUCGUUGUCAUCGUCGCUGCUACACAUGGGCGGAGUGAUCGGAGCGCUGUUCGGCGGCGGCGGUCACCGUCGUGCAAUGGAAAGAACGGUGACGAACCGGGCUGGUGGCGCCGGCGGCGACAAUCGCCGGAGGGCGAUGCUGAGCAAGAAAUACUCGUACAUACCUGACUCCUACACUUCUCUCGAGCAGGUGACGGCGGCGUUACGACAGCAAGGGCUCGAGUCAUCCAACCUGAUACUUGGGAUAGACUUCACCAAGAGCAACGAAUGGACAGGGAAGCUUUCGUUCAACGGGCAGAGCCUGCACAAGCUAGGCACCACGCCGAAUCCUUACGAGCAAGCCAUCAGCAUCAUCGGCAAGACUCUGGCGCCGUUCGACGACGACAAUCUCAUCCCUUGCUUCGGCUUCGGCGAUGCAACGACCCAUGACUACAAUGUUUUCAGCUUCCAUCCUGACAACUCUUCCUGCCAUGGUUUCGAGGAGGUCCUAUCAUGUUAUAAGAAGAUUGUGCCACACCUCAGACUAUCUGGGCCUACUUCUUUCGCGCCGAUCGUCGAGGCGGCCGUCGACAUUGUGGACAGGAGCGGAGGGCAGUAUCAUGUUCUUGUCAUUGUUGCAGAUGGGCAGGUGACUAGGAGUAUUGAUACAAGCGACAAUGAUCUUAGCCCCCAGGAGAGGGCGACAGUGGACUCCAUUGUCAUGGCAAGCUCCUACCCUCUGUCCAUUGUUCUUGUUGGAGUUGGAGAUGGCCCUUGGGAAGACAUGCAGAGGUUCGACGACAAGAUCCCGGCUCGCCAUUUCGACAACUUUCAGUUUGUGAACUUCACGUCGAUCAUGUCGAGGAGCACGACGCAGCAGCAGAAGGAGUCGGCGUUCGCGCUGGCAGCUCUCAUGGAGGUGCCCAUCCAGUACAAGGCCACCAUGGAGCUCGGCAUCCUAGGCCGGUCGACGGGGAAGGCGAAGAGGAUCAUGCCGGCACCGCCGCCGCUGCCGUCGGCGCCGCGGCAGCCGUCGCUGAGGAGGGCAGGCAGCAACGCCGCCGCGGCAGCCGCUCCACCGUCACCGAGAGGGGAUCAAGUGUGCCCAAUCUGCCUGACCAAUGCCAAGGACUUAGCAUUUGGCUGUGGCCACAUGUGUUGCAGGGAAUGUGGGGAGAGUCUGACCAGAUGCCCAAUCUGUCGACAGACGAUUCGAUCCAAGCUGAGGCUGUACUCAGGAUGAUCACAUCAGCUGGUGGCUGUGAUUUGUUCAUGGUGUACAGGAUGCAUGACAUCUCGUUUGUGAAAAAUACUGAAACACAUGAGAUUUGUGCUGAUAAAUAGGGUUCCAAAUGUAUGAUUAGUUCUGUUUGGUUUCUUCUGUGCAUAAGGUUUCUUUUGUCUAGCUGCUUCCUUGUAUCAUCACCGAGAAACAAAAAGAAAAUGACACCCAAGGGGGAAUAAAUAAAAAAAUAAAUAACUUGCAGAGAGGAAACUGGAAAGAGAAGAGUGAUGGUUUUUCUUGUGUUGAUUGGAGAGGGUUUGCUUCUAUGAUGAAAACCAUAGACUUGUUUAUAUCACAUUGUAAAUUUUCUUUACCUCGAAAAAAAAACAUUGUGAAUUUCCAGUUAUGUACUACUGAGGAAUGUCUCAGUUUUGACCAAUUAUAUUCUGCUGCUUAUCUCAAUA